CAAGGCUUUCUCUCUCUUUCACUUUCUCUCACUUGAAACAUGCACACGGUACUCUGAAAAUUCUAACCCCAAUUUGGGAACACAGUGGGACGAUAUUAUAGCAUAUCUCUAGAAAGAUGGUUGAUUCUUUCUCUCACUCUCUCCAAAACACUAUUUAAAUACAACCAUAGCCCUCUUCUUUCUCCCAUGCAUUACUUGUCUUAAUUUCUUUCUCGAUCCCCAACAUCACUAGCUAUUGCUUGCUACAGUCCUUGUACACACUCUACAAUCCCAUUGAUCUCUUCUUCUUUUGACCACUCACUGCUUAAUUACUUUUCCCAUCACUAUAACCAAUUUCAAAUUCCCAUCUUCAACAUACACAUAUUGUUGCUAGGAUUCACAAUUAGACCUAAAGCAAUUGAUUUAUAAAUUACAUUUAUAUAUAUAUAAGAUGUCUAGCAGGAGAUCACGGUCAAGGCAAACAAGUAGUUCAAGGAAUAUCACCGAUGAUCAGAUCAAUGAUCUUGUGUCCAAGUUGCAACAGCUUCUUCCAGAGAUUCGUGAUAGAAGCUCUGACAAGGUUUCAGCUUCCAAGGUGUUGCAAGAGACAUGCAACUAUAUCAGAAGCUUACACAGGGAAGUGGACGACCUAAGUGAACGUUUAUCUGAGCUUUUGGCUACAACUGACACGGCACAAGCUGCAAUAAUUAGAAAUUUACUUAUGCAAUAAAUAGAUCGGUCGAUUAGUUUAUCGUAUUAUUCAUAGUUAAUUAGAACUUUCAGAACUUGUGAGCCGAUCCAGUAGUCGUGUAUUUCUUAUUCUCUUCUCGUACUUCACUUUUUUGUACUGGCUUUUGUCCACUAAUAUGCAUGAUUACUGCUUUUGCAAAGCCCAAUUUCUUUAGAUAUUAAAUAAAAACUUCAAAGUUCGUGCUUUGCUAAA